AUGGACCUGCCGACGCGUGCGCUCAUGCGCGCCAACUACGACUCGUUCGACCACAAGGAGAACAACACGUACUAUGCGCUCAAGAUCCUCAAGAAAUGCGAGAUCGUGCGGCUGCAGCAGCUCCACCACAUCAAGUGCGAAGUCGACAUCCUCAGCAAGAUCGACCACCCAUUUAUCGUCAACUUUAUCGGCUCCUUCCAGGACGAGAAGCGUCUGUACCUGAUCCUCGAGUACGUGCCCGGCGGCGAGCUCUUUUCGUACUUGCGCCGCCAAGGCAAGCUCUCGGACGAAGCGUCGCGCUACUACACGUCGCAGCUCGUGCUCGCGAUCGGGUACCUCCACAGCCUCCACAUUAUUUACCGCGACUUGAAGCCCGAGAACCUCCUCAUCACGCAAGACGGCAGUAUCAAGAUCACGGACUUUGGCUUUGCCAAGCGCGUCGAGGACAAGACGUGGACGCUCUGCGGCACGCCCGAGUACCUCGCGCCCGAGAUCAUUCAGAGCAAGGGCCACGGCAAGUCUGUCGACUGGUGGGCCAUCGGUGUCUUGAUAUACGAAAUGCUGGCAGGAUACCCGCCGUUCUACGACGAGAACCCGUUUGGCAUCUACCAAAAGAUCCUCACGGGCAAAGUCGAGUACCCGAAAUACAUUGACAGCAAGGCCAAGGACCUGAUAAAGAAGCUCCUGACGCACGACCGGACAAAGCGACUCGGAUGUCUGCGCAAUGGCGCCGAGGACGUCAAGAAGCACAAGUACUUUGCCAACGUGCAUUGGGACAAUGUGAUCGCGAAGAAAGACCCGCCACCGUACUUGCCGCCGAUCCAGGGGCCCGGCGACCACGGCAACUUUGACCAGUACCCCGAGUCGACGGAAGACACGGCCGUCGCGCUCAUGGGCGACGACAAGGCCGCGUUCGACGCGUUUAACAUGUUUUAA